GGAAGCGGGAGUUUCCACAGCCGACAAAGGAAGGGUGACCGCUUAAACUACGACUUUCUGGGAGCUCCGAUUCAGUCUGAGAGGUCGGAUCCCGCUGUUCCCGCCCUCUUCACUUCUGGCUGACUUUGCUGACAGAUACUGUUUUGUUGGAUGAGCAGGCACCUCUGGAAGAAUCAGUUGAGUGAGAUGGUGCAGCCCAGUGGUGGCCCAGCAGGGGACCAGGACAUGCCGGGUGAAGAAUCUCUGGGAAAGCCGGCAAUGUUACAUCUGCCUUCAGAGCAGGGUACUCCCGAGACCCUCCAGCGCUGCCUGGAAGAGAACCAAGAGCUCCGAGAUGCCAUCCGGCAGAGCAAUCAGAUGCUAAGAGAAUGCUGUGAGGAGCUGCUGCAUUUCCAGGUCAGCCAGCGGGAGGAGAAGGAGUUCCUCAUGUGCAAAUUCCAGGAAGCCAGGAAGCUGGUAGAGAGACUAAGCAUGGAGAAGCUUGACCUGCACAGACAGAGGGAACAGGCCUUAAAGGAUUUGGAGCACCUGAAGAAAUGCCAGCAGCAGAUGGCUGAGGACAAGGCCUCUGUGAAAGCCCAGGUGACAUCAUUACUGGGGGAACUCCAGGAAAGCCAGAGUCGCUUGGAGGUUGCCACCAAAGAACGGCAAACUUUAGAGGGAAGGAUGCGAGCUGUUAGUGAGCAGGUUAGACAGCUGGAGAGUGAACGGGAGGUGCUGCAGCAGCAGCACAGCGUGCAGGUGGACCAGCUGCGCAUGCAGAACCAGAGUGUGGAUGCUGCCCUGCGAAUGGAGCGUCAGGCUGCUUCAGAGGAGAAGAGGAAACUGGCUCAGUUGCAGGCAGCCUAUCACCAGCUCUUCCAAGAUUAUGACAGUCACAUCAAGAGCAGCAAGGGCAUGCAGCUAGAAGAUCUGAGGCAACAGCUCCAGCAAGCUGAGGAGGCCCUGGUAGCCAAACAGGAAUUGAUUGAUAAGCUGAAAGAAGAGGCUGAGCAGCACAAGAUUAUGAUGGAGACUGUGCCAGUCCUGAAGGCCCAGGCGGAUAUCUACAAGGCUGACUUCCAAGCUGAGAGGCAUGCCCGGGAAAAGCUGGUGGAGAAGAAGGAGCUUUUGCAGGAGCAGCUGGAGCAGCUGCAGCGCGAGUUCAGCAAACUGAAGGCUGGCUGCCAUGAGUCAGCCAGGAUUGAGGACAUGAGGAAGCGGCAUGUAGAGACUUCUCAGCCCCCUUUACUCCCUGCAUCAGCUCACCAUUCCUUUCAUCUGACCUUACCCAACCAGCGGAGAAGCCCUCCUGAGGAACCACCUGACAUGCGUUGUCCCAAGUGCCAGUAUCAGGCUCCUGAUAUGGACACUCUACAGAUACAUGUCAUGGAGUGCAUAGAGUAGAAGCAGCAGAUGUAAGGCCACUUGUAAUACCAUGUCCUGUACUAUGCAACUUAUGCUUUCCUGUUUCACCUGCAUAGUCCACAAUUAAGGGUUUGAUCUCAAAGAGCUGGCCCUAGGACCUAGCAGGACCCUUGCCUUAGCUCUUUGGUCUGCUAGUUCCUCACUAGGGUAGACAGCCCUAGUCAGGAAUUUUUUUUCCGUUUUUUUCUAUGUGCCUGAGCCACUUGCCUCUGCUAGCUUCUUCCUCCCCCUUUUCCCAUUCUCCUAGGGGGUCUAGAAUGGAGGCCAGAGGCUCUCAGGGAGCACCCUUUCUCUAAGCAGGACUGGGUGCAGCUCUUCCUCCAGCUGGUACCUUUCUUGCCCUGAGCUGCAGGCUGUUCUCCCAGGGCAUAUGGCACGUAAGGCCAUAACAUGUGUUGCCUCUGAUGGACAUUUGGGAAGUAUUCUGUCUUUUGCUACUGUAAGUAACGGUGCAGUGAAAGUACUUGUGCACUGAUCUGUGUGUACCUUUAAGACAUAUGCUUAGACGUAGCAUUGAGCCUUGCCUUGGAGGAGGUUGGUGGACCUUUGUGUUUCUGCCAUCUGCUAGACAUGCUGUUUUUUUUACUAAAGAGUAUGCCAAAGUGUCUUUUUCUGGGGUAUAUGGGCCUUUUUAAAUUCCACUCAUGUAACUUGGAUUUUCAUAUUUUCUACCCAUUUUCCUGUUGUAUCAUUGCCAUUUGUUCUUGGGCUUUGGGAAGCUUUUUGAUCAUCAGUCAGGUUAGCUCUUGUCUAUCACAGAAAUUGCACACCUUGUUCCAUUUUGGUUGUGUUACUGUUUUGGGGCCUAGAAGCUGUUUAUGUACUCACACCCAUGCUUUCCUCCAUAUUUUGGCUUUGGAGUUAUGGCUGCUUUGUGGUCUGACAGAAGACUAUUUCACAUACAUGUUAUUCUUAUUCCAGCACCAGUGUGCUCUUGUCUUUGUGAAGCACAUUCUUGUCUUAUGUGAAUGGUGAUUUCCAUAGUUCAUCACACUCCAGGAGUCUGUGAUGGCAUGUUCUGCACCAGCCCAAAUGUUCUGUCUUGGGAGCCAUUUAGUAGUGACUGGCAGAUUGUGAACAAGGAAACUCUUCACUUGUUUGGCAAGGCUGUAGACAUUUUCUGGAGCCUUACAGUCAUUGGUAUUAGCCUUGCAAUUCUAGUAAAGAAAAGGAAGUUGGAGUUGAGAAAGUAAUAGAUGUGCCUUGCUGACUCCUCAGAUCUGAAACCCUUCCUGCCCUCCUGAAUGCUUUCAUAGUUCUGAGUGGGAUCUGUAAAUCCAUCCCUGUCUGCGGCUUUUUUUCACAAGACUUCUUGCCUAUUAAGGGUGAGAAGGCUGAGUAGAAUCAGGAUUUAAAAAGGGAUUUAAAAAGUAAGCCUGAGCUGGGUUCUUCCUCAGAAUUCUCAGGGGGUGGGGAGCAAGUUUUCCAUUUUCUAGUUCCUAGGUAUUUAUUAGACAGAUCUUUGGGAAAAUGUUAAAGGAACAGACAUGUUCUUUGCUCAUGAGGUCUUCAUUUAAAUACCCAUUCUAAUUUUCCUUCAGAAGUGCUAUUGGUUUGGUUUGAUUCAGUUCAGUUUUGUGGUGGUAUAUGGCAUUCCUAUAGCUGUUCUAAAAAUUCUCAGAGACUUGAAGUGGCAACAAAAAAAAAAUCAGUCUUUCAUGCCUGGAAGUCAGAUGUUAAGUUUCUUCUGAGAAUCAAUUCCAGGUUUUCUCCUUGCUUUUGGUUUCUGGCAGUCCUUGGUGUUGCUUGGCUUAUAGACCUAUCACUCCAAUCUCUGGUUCUUGUGCCUCAUGGUCUCCUCCUCUACUUCUGUAUUGUAGAUGUGGAGUCUGUCUGGUAAUUAAGGAGGAUCUCCAGCUCAUGACACUUACCUCACUACACCUACCAAGACCCUUUUCCCAAAUAAAGUCGUGUUCUCAAGUUCUGGGGGUUUGGACUUACACAACCCAGGGUAGGGAUAUCAUAAGAACCUGAGUAAAUGCAGCCAAAGACAUGUGCCUUUAAGCCUUGCAAUUCUGCUGGAGAGACUUGGUCUCUAGGGUGAUGGUGACCACUAGGCUUCAGAAUUUGGAGAAGGUCAGGCCUUUAUAGAUGCUACACUCCCAGCAGGGCCAGAAGGUGUGACUGAAAAAGACAGGUAGGCUACAGCGGGAGAGAGCAGUUGGACUGUCUCCAGUGGCUGUAUGGGGUUCAUGCUUCUUGGAUAAAUAGAGAUACAUAGGUACAUUUCUGACCAGCACUUUAUCCUCAAAGGGACUCAGAAAGCAGGUGUGACCCAGGUUUUACAGCAGGAUCACCCGGGAGCUUGAAACAUUCUGGUUUGGGCUUUAUGGUCUGGUCAUGCCAAAAUAUGAGGGUGGCCCAGGUGGUGGCUGGGACUAAAUACCCUUCUCAGAAGGUUGGAGCCCUUGACACUUCCUUGCACUGAAGUAUGGUGUAUGAUUAACUACACAUGAGAUAUCAAGGAUUUGAGAUUAUACCAUCUUCCCUGACAUGGGACAUGCUUCUUUCUUUUCUGGAAUUACUUAACUAGACCUAGAAAAACUGGUUGUUGUUUUUUUUUCUUUCAAGGGAAUUAGCCUACUUGCUUUUAAGAGCUGUGCCCCUGGCAGACAGCUUCUAGAUUCAGACAGCUAGAAACAUGUCCUUCCCAGAAGUCCCGUUACUGUUACUUAUGCUCUCUUCCUGUUGGCCUAUGACCAAGAGAAAUCCAGAGAGUCAGUAAGAGACAGUGCAGAGUACUUUACCCACUGUAGUAACAAAUGAUAAGGUGCAGAUUGUAAGUAGAGAUGAUGUCAAAAUAGGAACAAUUGUAGUCCUGUGUGUGAUGCCGUCAGGCAUGGUGAGACCUUGCAGCAUUUCCCCUUUGAAGGGGUGGGUGUUUGGUGAGAUGGAGCAAGCACUUUGGAAACAUCCUCAGCCCUCUAUCUGACAGCUUGGUCCUCACAGUGACUACUUAAUUGGAGUGGCUCUCAUAGUACCAUGUUUGUCACCACCAAAGGCUGUGAUGAAAUAGGCUAUAUAUCUUAUGACACAGGCCUGCAUAGCCAGCAUUGUGAACAUUUUGUUACAUGGAACACAGAGGAUUAAAAAAUAGUGUGAAAUAAAGAAGACCUGCAAGCAUGCAUACUGUCCUCAGUUGGUGGAUGUAGGGGGAGAAUUGCCAGAAACAAAGUUUUUCUUUUGUGCUAUUUCUAUGCCUUUAAUUCUCAUGCAUUAUAUAGGAAGUAGCUGUUACACAUGCGUUUGAGGUUUCCUCUGCCUGACUGAGAAAAGCUCAUUGUUGACACAACAGGGUGGUGCAAGGGGCAAAAAUCAACUAACAUGGGGCCUGGAUUUCCUGUGAGUGUAGCAACAAAGUACCACAUGUUGGGGGCUUAGGCAACAGAGAUUUCCUGUCCCGCCUAUUCUGAGGGUAGGGGUCUGAGAUAAGUGUGGGUAGAGUGGGUUCCUCAUAAGAGAUAACCCAUUCCAGGCCUCUCUCCCACUGUGUAGCAGGUCCCAGCAAUUCUUAGUGCUCUCUGGUUGGACCUGCAACUCUGGCUCUGCCACUUUUGUCACAUGGUCACUUUAUGUAUUUCCUUUUUUAUAAGCAUAUCAAUAUCAAACAAAGGUGAAUAUUUGGUAACAUGAAAACAUUUUGUUCAGUAUUUAGUGAUUGUACUAUGAAUUCUAAUUGGUCUUAAUAAUAAAAACCUGGAGUAAGAUAUUAGGGGGUGAAAGCUGAAAGAUCAGAGAAACAGAAUAGCCAGCCACUAGUUCUCACCUCUAUGAAAUCCUCAGACUCCUGU